ACUAUAUCUAGAUAAAUAACAAAAACUAUAUAUCUAAAAAAGCUAAAAUAAAUUAUAUAAUUUGGGACGGAGGGAGUAGCUAGCUGCUGACUGCAAAGGCAUCUCAAAACCCAACCGCUUCAAAAUACAUAUUUCAAAUAUAACAUAUUUUUUAUUAAAAAUAUAACAUAUUUCAAAGAAAGUUAAUUAAAUGCUUUCAAAUCAUUUCCCAUGUUAAAUGGCUGUCAGACUAAUCUAAUCUUCCAUUUUGAAUCAUUUAACUGUUUAUAUAUUGACAGUAAAAGUUACAAGGUGAAGUUAAAGCGAUCAGACUGCAGGUGUAUUUUACUCAUAACACAAGCAACAAACAAGCUAAGUAGCAGGGUUUCGCUGUCAGCUCCACAGCUGCAUAUAUGCGAUGCAAGGAACAGCGAGCGAGAUCAUGUGAGUGGUCGUCCUGGACCCAAGAAAAGUGAAGACGACGACUCUCUUGCCUACUACACUACACCACGUCUGCAACGACGAUUGUCAUGCACGGAGCAUAGCGAUUCUUAGCGAGACCAACGACAUUGACACGUGCGGCAGCAAAUGUUUCAGCAUACCAUAGCCAUUGUACAUACUGAUUACUGAAGGAAGCCCGCCAUCAGCAUGCGCAUGCUCGGAGACAAUAACCCCACCGCCGCCGUUGAUGCAUCCUCGGCGCCGCUGCUCGUCACGCCAGCGUCCGCGGCGGCGACGGAGGGCGAUGUCCUGCAGCCGCACGCUGGCGGGAGCGACGCUAGCUUCGACGCCGACAUGGUCAUCAUCCUCGCGGCGAUGCUCUGUGUCCUCGUCUGCGCCAUCGGCCUCGACUCCCUCAUCCGCUGCUUCCGGAUCCACUGCGGUCGCCGCCGCACCAUCAUCGUGUCCGCACCGCACGCCGCCGCCACCAUGGCUGCGGCUGCGGAUGCGGAUGCCGGGCUGAAGAAGAGGGAGCUGAUGAGGAGGAUACCGGUGGUGGUGUACGAGACCAAAGCCGGCGUCUCGGCCACUGAAUGUGCAAUCUGUCUCGGCGAGUUCGACGACGGCGAGAAGGUGCGCGUGCUCCCGAGGUGCCACCACGGCUUCCAUGUCGCGUGCAUCGAUAUGUGGCUGGCCAUGAACCCUUCUUGCCCGACAUGCCGGAACUCGCUCCUCGAGGACGGUGGCACCAACGGCGGCAGGGAAAGGGACAUAGUUUAGUGCCGCGCGGACAGGUCGUUUGUUAUUGCUUUGCAAUUUCUUGUAUAGUACGUAGGGGCUACGGUGCAAAACACAUGACCUUUCUUUUCCCAAAACUUUUUUUGGCUAUUUUGUGCUUAGCUCUUUACCUGUAAAUAAACUACGAUUGACAUUUUGUGAAAGCAAAGGGAUAGGCUAGUUGCAAUAUAUGCCGCCAUCUUUGUCA